CGUCUGUUGGAAAGGAGUGAAAAGGCAUUCUGUUGGCGAAGUCAACUGAGGCAAAAAUAGAAAGAGGCGGAGCCACAUCUAUACAGAAGAAAAUAGUAUUCUCUGGAAGUUAGGUGCUCGGCGCUCAGCUGUUGAGUUUAGGAGAAUAUUUGGUUGAGUCGGGCAGCACGAGCUGUGAGUGUUUAUCUGCGCGGUCGUAGGAGCUAGCUACAGCAGCAAGAUUCCAAAGAACUUCGACGUGCUAAACACACUCGCUCUGUUAUUUUGAAAUCAACGAGUGCAAAUUUCACGAUGGUGAAGGUAUCCUUUAAUUCGGCCCUCGGGCAGAAAGACAUGAAAAAGGACAGCGAAACCCUAAUUCCCGAGGACAAGGAUCCAGAGGUGGCUCUACCUUUGCGUCAGCAGUCCAAGGCCUGGUGCUGGUGCAUGUGCCUGGGCCUGGCCCUCAUGCUCUCUGGCGUGGUGGUGGGAGGGGCCUACCUGUACAGGUACUACAUCCUGGAGGAGGGCCAGGUCUUUGUGUGCGGGGUGAAGUACCGUGAAGAAGACAUGAUGAUCCUGGAGGAGGAGGAUGUGGAGGUGGACAUGCCCUCCAGAUUCAAGAUGAUCCAGGAGAACAUCCGCGUACUGGAGGACCAGGAGGUGGCUCUCAUCAACGUACCCGUGCCUGAGUUCGACGACAGUGAUCCCGCUGACAUCGUCCACGACUUCCAAAGGAGACUGACUGCCUACCUGGACCUGUUCCUGAACAAAUGCUACGUCAUCCCCCUCAACACCUCCAUCGUCAUGCCUCCCAAGGACUUCCUGGAGCUGUUGGUCAACAUCAAGGCUGGUACCUACCUGCCCCAGUCCUACCUGGUCCAUGAGGAGAUGGUGGUGACUGAGCGCCUGGAGGAUGUGGAACAACUGGGAUACUUCAUUAACAACCUCUGCCAGGGCAAAGACACCUACAAGCUGGAGCGCAGAGACAGGAUUCUGGGUAUGCAGAAGCGCGAAGCUCUCAACUGCCACAAGAUCCGUCACUUUGAGAACAAGUUUGUGGUGGAGACCUUGAUCUGUGAGCCCUAGUGAUGUCGUUGUGGCCGUGGGAAAAGUGGUGCAUCGUCUCUAUACAACCUUGCUUCAUUUUACUGCGAGCACAGAUGGAGAUUUGUAAUUGUAGUUUUUUCUGUUUUAAAUGUUUCCAUUUGUUAUUUUACUUCAGGUAGUUUUGUGUGCGUGAGAAUUGUAAUGUGAAAUGGGGCAAUUCGUCUCUGCUUAAAACAUGUAAAAAAAAGGGUAACAGUUGCGUGUAUAUUUUUAUUAUUAUGCACGGAUGCAAUUCUUCAACAAAAGACCGUAGGGUUCUAUUUUAGGGAGGAUCUUUUCGAGGGCGGGACUGCUAGCUUGUCAAAUGUUUAGAUUACUUGAAUAAUCCAAAACUGAUUAAGGGUUGAAUUGAUGCAGAACAUGUAUGGUAUAGACUUAAUGAAACAGAAUCUAAUUGUAUUUUUAAUACAGAAAUGAAAAUGUUCAAAGGCAUGGCAAAUUGAUACUUUUGUACCACUGAACCUGGUUUUAGAAGGGACUAUUCCAAGGAGUUUUCUAGGUUUUAUAUUUUAAUUGUCUGCUGUAACUAUUAAUAUACUGCAAAUAUGAUUUCUUAACUGUAAAACAUAAGAACAGUGUGGAUACAUGUUUUUCUUUCAUCUAGCUUUAAGAAUAAGUCAAAACCAAGACAAUUAUCUAAAGAAUUCUAAUCAGGAAUGCGUUCAUUCUUAUACAGCAAAGUAAAACAUACACGCUAUCUUUUUUUCACAAUUGUUUUAAGUGAAUGUUUCUUCCUCCAAAUGUACUUUUUUUUUUUUUUUUAUCACUCGUACUAAUUUGUAUAUAACCUCUGUAAAGAUAUGACCAACACCACAAUAAAUCUUAAACCAGUAAUACGGCUA